ACGUCAGAGCAUAGGUCCACAGCGAGCAAAUCCUGCAGAGCUCUGUGUAUGAUUGUGUCAGAGCGUCCAGAGGAGAGAGAGAGUGAGAGAGACAGUGUGGACUGGCUGCUUCUAAACCACUGCAGGAACGCAGGAACACUAAAUCUGGGACUAACACAGAUAAGAAGAGAGAUAGGGAGAGAGAGAGAGAUAAGGAUUCUAGAAGGACAAGCAUUUGUUUAUCAGCACAGUUAUGGGGACUUCUCUCUGCUGUCCAAUAACGGAUCAAUCUAAAAGCAUAGGACAGAAAAGUUACUAAAAGCAUCGUAUCCGCUUUAAUCUUUGGUAGAGGACGAGAUUAAAUUGUCAGUUUUCUCUUACAAGGUGAAGACUUGGAUUGGAUUUCUCCUUCUUUCUUUCUUUCUUUCUUUCUUUCUUUCUUUCUUUCUUUCUUUCUUUCUUUAUUUCUUUCUUUCUUUCUCUGUUUAAAUUGAUUGCUGUGCUUUCGAGCUCCUCACCCUUAACACUGUGUCCCCUCAAGCCUUCAGCUCUCUCAGAUUCUUCCUUUCCAUCACAACAUCUUCUCUGCAUGCUUUCCCACUGCUCUGCAGGUGAACACACUCAUGGUGGAUGCCAAGGGAAGGAACAUGAAAUGUUUGACAUUCUUGUUGAUGCUUCCAGAGUCAGUUAAAAGCAAGUCCAGCAAAGUCUCCAAAAAGGCAAGUCCCAGCAGCUCUUCCAAGCUGCCCCCUGUGUGCUAUGAAAUCAUCACCUUGAAAACCAAGAAGAAGAAGAAGAUGUCCGCAGAGAUUUUCCCCACCAAGAAGCCAGCAUCGGCCACUACGGUGCAACAAUACCAGCAGCAGAACUUGAACAACAACAACACCAUCCAAUGCUGCAACUGGCAGGGUCUCUACUCCACGAUUAGAGAGAGAAAUGCUGUGAUGUUCAAUAAUGAACUGAUGGCUGAUGUUCACUUUGUUGUGGGCCAGUCAGGAGGGACACAGAGGCUCCCAGGACACAAGUAUGUCCUCGCUGUGGGAAGCUCUGUUUUCCAUGCCAUGUUCUACGGAGAGUUAGCCGAAGACAAUGAUGAGAUCCGAAUCCCUGAUGUGGAACCCCCAGCCUUUCUGGCUAUGCUGAAGUACAUUUACUGUGAUGAAAUUGACUUGAGUGCCGACACUGUGCUGGCGACAUUAUAUGCAGCCAAGAAGUACAUAGUACCGCACCUAGCUCGGGCCUGUGUCAACUUCUUGGAAACAAGUCUGAGUGCCAAGAACGCAUGCAUUCUCCUAUCUCAGAGCUGUCUGUUUGAAGAGCCAGACCUAACCCAACGCUGCUGGGAAGUCAUUGAUGCUCAGGCUGAGUUGGCACUUAAAUCUGAGGGCUUUUGUGACAUUGACGCUCCGACCUUGGAGAGCAUACUCAAGCGGGAGACUCUAAACGCCAAGGAGAUUGUAGUGUUUGAAGCAGCACUGAGCUGGGCGGAGGCUGAAUGUCAGCGUAAAGAGAUGAACACAACUAUUGACAACAAACGCAAAGUACUGGGCCAGGCUGUUUAUCUAAUCCGAAUCCCCACUAUGGGUCUUGAUGAUUUUGCCAAUGGUGCGGCACAGACAGGAGUGCUGACACUAAAUGAAACCAAUGACAUUUUCUUAUGGUAUACUGCGGCCAAUAAGCCUGAGCUGCAGUUUGCAAGCCAACCUCGAAAGGGGCUGACGCCGCAAAAGUGCCAUAGAUUCCAAUCUUGUGCCUACCGCAGCAACCAAUGGCGUUACCGUGGACGUUGUGACAGUAUUCAGUUUGCGGUCGAUAAGCGGGUGUUUAUUGCUGGUUUCGGGCUCUACGGCUCUAGCUGCGGAUCUGCAGAAUACACUGCAAAGGUCGAGCUGAAGCGGCAGGGUGUUGUGCUGGGAACCAACCUCAGCAAGUACUUUUCAGAUGGUUCCAGCAACACCUUCCCUGUUUGGUUCGAGUAUCCGGUUCAGAUCGAGCCCGACACUUUCUACACGGCCAGUGUGGUUCUGGAUGGCAACGAAUUGAGUUAUUUUGGACAGGAGGGUAUGACGGAAGUUCAGUGUGGGAAGGUGACCUUCCAGUUUCAGUGCUCCUCGGACAGUACCAAUGGAACAGGAGUGCAGGGGGGACAGAUUCCAGAGCUCAUCUUCUAUGCCUGAAUUUCCACAUGCAAGACAACUGACUACCCAAUUUACCAGUGUGAAAUUGGAAUAGCUUUAUAUUGCAUACAAUAUCUUACUUUUUCUACCACAUUGCAAAAUGAUCCUCCAGUGUUGUCAACUCAAACUGAGAAAUAAGGCAAUUCAAGAGUUUAAUUUUAAGAUUGGGUUUUUGGGGGGUCUGUCAAAGCGUGAAGGGUUUUCUCCAGGUAUUAAAAGUUGCUAAUUAAAUAUUUUAUUUUGUGCUCUGCAUAAAGCUAUACCUGUUAACAAGGGAUAAUGUUCUCAUUUCAAUAGGCUAUUGCUAUUUUAUCUUUUUAUCAAAUUAUUUCUUUUUUAUUUUAAAUAUAUUAUUUUCUAUUUAAUUUGAGAGGGGACAGUGAAAGGAAAAACGAACAAACAAGCAAACCAUGAGCACUGAAUAUAAUGUUUUACAUGUAUAGUAUUCUGUAUAUUUAAAUGUGUUUACUAAAUUAUAUUAUAUAUAGAUAUACGAUAUUACCACUCCAUGGCUAUAUCUGCUGUUAACAAUUACUAUGCCAUGUUUGUGAACGCUUGCACAUGUAUAUUGUAGCAAUAGUGAACAAAAUAUUCAAAUUCAAGAAACUGCAGUAUUUCUUCACAUUACACUUCAAGGCAAUCAAGAUACCUAACACCAAAGUUACUAUCACUAUCCCAGCAUCAGGCUUUUAAUAGAUAACUACAUUUAAUUAAUAAGCAUCAUUUGCAAGCACAGAUCGCCAUAGAGAGACUUUUAACUAUCUUUAAAAGUAAUCAAAUCAUUUAGGCCAAUCACACGGAAAAAUCAAAACUAUGAAAUAUUUUUAUCAUUAACGUGCGCGUUGUUUGCAGUGCAAUAAACCCUGCAAUGGAAUCUAAUGUACAGUGAACUGCCUCAUAUUGUAUUAUACUCAGCAUAAAUAGCAUUUUAAAUAUUUAUCUUGGUAUUAAUACACAGUUUUCUGAGUUUUAUAAAACAUUACUUAUUUAUUCAACACUACUCACCAUCAGUAUGCUUUUAAGUACAUUAUUCUCUUUAACGUGUUUUGUAACGUGUUUACUAAAUGCUGUAUUUACCAUUGUUAGUUUUUUCAUUAAGGUGUCAAAAGCAAGAAGGCAGAAAGUAUAUACUUUUUUUUUCAACCUAUACUUUUGCCCACUGAAAUGAAAGCACUUCACCUGAAAAUCCUCUCAUCUCAUUUAGAGGGAGUUUAUCCUCAUUUAAUGCAACAACAUCUAUGCUGAAGUCAUAACUGCAGUAACUUCUUUGUUCUUGGUCAAUUUAGAUGAUCUUUCACCUCGAUCUUAACAUCCCAUUUCACAAAGCAUUAUUAAAGAUUUAUUACACCAGUUCUACAAAAAGCACAGUAUUGAUGCUCAAUUUUAUCCAGCAGUGGGUAGCAUUGUCGCCUCUCAGCAAUAAGGGCCUUGGGUUUGAGUCCCGGCUCAGCUGGGCCUUUCUGUGUGGAGUUUGCAUGUUCUCCCUGUGAUCACAUGGGUUUUGUGUACUUUUCUUCCAGGUGCUCCACAGUCCAAAAAGACAUGCAGGUUAAGUUAAUUGAGACUCUAAGGUGUGUGAGAGAGUGUGGAUGUGUAUGUCUGUGUGUGUUGCCACACACCUGUCCAGGGUGUUUCCUUGCCUUUGGCCUGAGAAAGCUGGGAUAGGCUCCAGCACUACCCAGAUGUACCCUGCACCGGACAAGCGGCUACAUAUGAUGGAUAUAUUAAUUUCAUGCAGCAGGGGCAGAUCUACUGGGGUGGCAUGGUGUGGAAACUGCCACCCUAAAAAAAAACAAAAAACAAUCACAUGAUAAUUUACAGCUGCGGCCAAUUGCAUGUUAUUGCACGCUACUGCAGCAUGUGCACAGCUAUUCUGCAUCUGAUUCUGCAUAGUUGCUUAGUCAACUUAUAAUUAAAAACUUUGGGCUUGUUUUUUCAUAAAGUUGCUUGCAAACACAGGCACUUAUUUCCAGAAUAAAUUCUUGUUUUUGGGGUCUCCAGCACAUCAGCCCUGUGCAGCUUUUGGCCCUAGCGUAUCACAUGCUGACUCUCAUUUUUCAUUGGAAAAUUUAGUGAAACUGUCACAAGGGAACCCAGUAGAUUUUUCCUCAACCAAGAUAAUAUUGAAAACAUGGACUGAUACAUGGUAAAAUAGAGGUUUAAUGUGAAUGUCUCAGUUGUUUCCAGUUAGUCUUCACUAAAUGAGUAUUAGAUAUCAUGCAUUAAUACAGAUAUAGAUCGGAGUUGACAUGUAAUUACAAUUAUCUGUGCAGUGUAUUGGCCUUUUACAUGAAGGUUCCAUUUGUUCAUAUUAGUUAACUACAUUAAUUAACAUGAAGUAACAAUGAACAGUACUUUUACAGCAUUUAUUAAUCUUCAUUAAUGUUAGUUUCAACAAAUACUAAUACAGUUUUAAAAUCAAAAGUUGUAUUUAUUUAUUUUUUAAAUUUUACAUUUUACACUGCUCUUCAUAACCUUCCAUGAAUAAUCAAUUAUUAGUUUGUUUCCAUAUUUGUCCCUUGUUUCUGCCUUUCCCUGUCCCUACCCCAGUAGAUAUAUUUAAGUAACUAUAAGGUUUUAAGUUAAAAGUCCAAUUAAACAAAUGUGUUUUCUCUAGCAAUGGUUUUAUAUGCUGGUUUCACACAGAGUUCAAAAACCCUCUUAAAUUAGAAUAUAUUUGUGCUAAUUCUAUCAGGGGUGAUGACAUGAAAGUUUACAUGAAACCUAUGCCACUGGUUUGAUUGCAGGUUCCAUUGUGACAACUAACACCCUAGUGGACAAAAGAUCAACAUGUGUGUGUGAGAUCAGUUAACUUUGAUCUUUUAUUCAAUGUAUGUGGCAACACAGAUAUACAAGUUUUAAAAAAAUAAACCUUCCUCCUAUUCUGAUAAAUAUUAAGUUACUGGAAUAAAAGUGUGACAACUAGCACCGGUCAAGAUUAGGAACAUUUAUAAUCUGUUGAUGCAUUUAAUAGACAAUGUCUUAUAUGCUCUGGAGAUUUAUAUUUGGUUAUUUAAUUUGGUAAUAUAAUUUAAUAAUGCAAAAAAGUUAUACAAAUUAGUUUAAUAUUAUUAAAAAGUAACACAAUUAUUACUUUAUGGCCUCUCUGUGGAUAUUAACCGUGCAUAUUUGCAGGCAUUUUUUAUUUAAAUAAAUGAACUAGUGCUUGAUGCAUGAAGCUUGAUAUCUUGAUCCAGAAGAUCUAUGCAUGAGCACUUAGGUUUUGCC